CAGCAGAUACAACCUCUAUCAGAAGCUCUUCUGCAUCAGAACUUUGAAAGCCAAGUGUCGAGGCGCCAAUGUUGUGUAUACAGUUGGGCAGGUGCGGUUCGUCCAACUAAGUCGAACCUGGCUCUGUCACCGAAGAAGAGCGCAAGAAGCAGACAAUGCCAAUCAGGCCCAGCCCAACCUCAACGGGGGGAUCGGAUCAAUUAAGGAGAGCCACUGGCGGUUGAACCGAUGAGCCGGAGUACACAGGGCUGUUGGACGUGUCGGGUCCGACACAAGAAAUGUGACGAAACUCGACCGCAAUGUACGGUGUGCACGUCGCGUCACAUCCAAUGUCAUGGCUUCGGCGACAAGCCUGUGUGGAUGGACGGUGGGCAACUCGAGGAGCAAUAUCGACAAGACAUUAAGCGUGCGGUCAAGCAAAACUUCAAACUGCUCAGGAGAGGCAUGGCCACGACUACACCGAGCGUGCCGAAUAAUCGUUCAUCGGCCAGAUUGUCUUCUCAGCAACAUGUUCAGGAGGUGAUUGACCCACGGGCAGCGGAUCAUCAUUCUUCACAAGAAGUCGGUCUAAAUCUUGAUGCUAACACUCGUGGUGGUCCUCCUUCUUGGAGGUCUGGCGAUCAACAACAAGGAAGUACAGAGCCAAUGGUCAUCACGUCGUCGUCAUCUGACCACCACGCCGCCACCGCCGCCGCCGCCGCCAUUACUACCACCAUCACCACGACGAUGAAUAUCCCCGCAGAAGAAGACGCCCCUGAAUCUACUACAGUGUCAUACCACCAGCACAGUGUCCCUAACAAGACAAACUCGGAAGCAAAAGGCCUAGACUACCAAGACGCAGAACUGUUAAUGCACUAUUUCGACCAUGUGUUCCCCUUACAAUUCCGGUUUUACCAGCGCGCAGGUCGCGCCGUCAAUCGCGGAUGGCUGCUAUGGUUACUGGUGCGGACAGGUCCUCUAUACCACGCGGCAUUGAGUCUUAGCGCUCUACAUCAGUUCACGCUUCGAUAUCACGGCCAGAGCGAUAAAUUGGAUGAACUUAAUGAGUACCACUCCAAAGCAAUCAGGGAUCUUCAGUCGUUCCUCAGGGCGAAUCAGGAUAACAAUGCCGCUUCCGAUCACCGGUCUCGCAGUAUUGAAGUUCUUGCAUGUGGCGUCUCGCUUAUCAGCUUCGAGUUGUUUAGAGGCGGGGUCAGUGAUUGGGAAUUACAUCUAAAUGCCCUUGCGUCUAUUGUUCAUGAUUUGGAUCUCGAUUUACAGUCUACUAGCCCCGGUGUUUAUCCAGAGUUCUACAGAGGCACGACCCCGACAUCUAUCGACUCGGCCGCAUUGCCUUUCCUGAUUGCUGUGGUGCUCUGGUUUGAUCUUCUCUCAUGUGCAACUACUGGGUCCGCUCCUCGCCUGUCCUAUCAGGAAUUACUGCAGAAUGGCGCGAUCAACCUCGAGGACGUCGUGGGGUGCGAGAAUUGGGUCAUGACUUCCAUUGGAGACCUUGCUAUCCUGAACUUGUGGAAAAAGACCGCUCGUCAGAAUGGUAUGUUGGAUCAACAAGAACUUCUCGAGCGCAGCUUGAUCAUAGAACACAAGUUGGAGCAAGGACUGGCCAUGAUUGAAUCUCAGGUGGUGUUUGAGGGACCACAGCGAAGAAAGGAUCGAUUCCGGGGCCAAUAUACCUCAGCCUCGGCGCCGAUUGUGCUCAUCAUUACCCGGAUUUUCGCCUCGGCUGCUCUAGUCCAGUUGCACACCAUUGUCUCGGGCGCUUUCCCUAGUGUGUUAGAGAUCCAACACGCCGUCACCAAGACCAUGGAUGCUCUGCGGCACAUCGAAGACGACCAGGACAUGCGAGGGCUGAUCUGGCCCGUCUGUUUGUCCGGAUGUAUGGCUCAACCUCAUCAGCAACCGUUCUACCGAGAUCUGAUGAGAAAGGUCAUUGGCGACUCUCCACAAGAAUUCGGAAACUGUGUAACGGUCCUGCAGAUCAUGGAAACAUGCUGGGAGUCUCGACUGCUGCAUCCCGCCGAAGAAUGGAACUGGGAACGAGCCAUGGCAGAAAUGCAUAUCUGUGGCCUGUUGGUUUGAGAGACUUCCGUGGUAUGCACAGCGGACAGCAUUGUCCGGGAGCAAAGGCCAAGCUGCACUUUGGAAAGUGUAGGCAUAUAAUUUAUCUCUCGAAUGGUGUUUUGUUUCGUAUCGUGCCACUAGUUGAGGCGAGAUCCUGACUCCUAGGUUAAGCCAUUCUUCGCGACAGCAGUUCGCUGAUGAGGUGGUCUUAUGGCUUGUUCAAUGGUUCUCGCCAUCAUCAACAGCUUCUCCUCCUGAAGUCUCCUACCAACAAUUUGAAUCCCAACAGGGGCAUUGCUGUAACGCGCGGGACCUUCAGUCUCUGGAUAUAGUGCUCUAUAUGUGUCGUUAGUCGUGCUAAUGCCUAUUGGCAAUGUGUUUGGGUGAUUAUCCCAAGUGUCGGUCGAUUUCACUGUGCUGACAGGGAUGAUGAUGGCGGGGAGGUCGAGAGCGUUGAAC